ACGUUGGCUUUUAAGGUUGCGCGCUGAGGUCGGAGGGCCGUUCGAACAGCACGUUACGCAGGCCGGCUGGAAGAUGGCGGCUCCGGGGGAAUAUUUCAGCGUCGGCUCCCAGGUCUCCUGCCGGACCUGCCAGGAAACGCGGCUGCAGGGAGAGGUGGUGGCCUUCGACUACCAGAGCAAGAUGCUGGCGCUCAAGUGCCCCUCAACUAGUGGAAAACCCAACCAUGCCGACAUUCUCCUGCUUAACCUGCAGUAUGUAUCAGAUGUAGAAGUGCUGAAUGAUCGCACACAGACUCCUCCCCCUCUAGCUUCUCUCAACAUCGGCAAGCUGGCAAGCAGAGCUCGAUUGGAGAAGGAAGAGAAAAUGAGCCAGGCCUACGCCAUCAGUGCUGGAGUUUCUGUGGAUGGACAGCAGUUAUUCCAGACCAUUCAUAAGACGAUAAAGGACUGUAAAUGGCAAGAAAAAAAUAUAAUAGUUAUGGAGGAUGUAGUCAUCUCUCCCCCAUACCAGGUGGAAAAUUGCAAAGGAAAAGAGGGUAGCGCACUAAGUCAUGUUCGCAAAAUAGUUGAGAAACACUUUAGAGAUGUGGAAAGUCAGAAGGGCGUGCAACGAAACCCAAUCCAGCCGUCACAGAAAGAGACCAGUACGUCCUCGUGAGCCCUCAACUACAUCAGCCUCGCUGCCCCUGAGCUGCCUGCUCUUUACCCUGCUGUGUUCAGGGGUCUCUGAAGAGUUCUGCAGAUGGGAUGGGGUUGAUGACAUAGGGGGCUGGCUUGGGGUGGGAAUGGGUAGCUUUUAUUUUUCGGACUAGUCCCCCUCAACCCCUUCUUACAGCAGCCACCGUGUGUAACUGGUUGUUUAGGGAAGGGGUUGAGGGGAUCCUGAGCUAUAGAAGACCCCUUGGGCUCCAAUAUUUUCUUUCUUUUUUUUUUUAGCCUGUUUGGCUCCAAUUCCAGAUUUUUCCUGGCAUUGCAUUUCUUCCUCCAACAGAAUGUUUCUGCCCCUUUCCUUCCUCUUCUGUCUUUUUAUUUGUGUAAAGUUCUGUUUUCUCUUUUCUCUUCUGUUGAUGGAGGGAAUUGCCAACCCUUUUUCAGGCAGUGGGACAGGGUGAUGCGUGGCAUGUCACCUUCUGACUGGGAAUAGGUUAUAAAAUUGCCUGUAAAAAGGAACAAAAAACAAAC